GAGAGAGAGAGAAUGAUAUGAAGGGGAUGAUUGCUUUCCACACACACUUGAAGCUCAGUCUUUCUAUGAGACGCAGGAUAGCAGCAUGACAGCGCAACAUCUACGAUGUACCAUUGUGUGCGCCAUGCUGAGAGUGUGUGUGUGAGCCGUGCGAGAGAACAGAAGUAAGUUUGUCAGGGGGCAGAAAGAGCGCAGUAACAGCAGCGAUAUAUCAAGAGGAACAAGAAAGAGUCUGUGGGAGUGACAGGAGAAGAUGCGCGUGGGGAUGAAGUGGGUUUGCCGGAGGAGUUGAGCCGUGCCGCUCAAACACAAAUACUUCUAAAAUCUCAGGACUCUUAAGGAAAGAGGAGAGAAUGAAGAAACACUCGGCUCGUGUGGCUCCGCUCAGCUCCUAUAGCGCUCAGGUGCUCACCUGCCCCAUCUCGGAAGGAGAGGAGGGCUCAGAUUCGCAUGCAGAGACUCCAGUCAGUGAAACAAGUGGAGAGGCCACUGCAUGUCAAACCUGCGCCAACACAGUGCUCAAGGUGCUGGGGGGCUUGCUGCUGGUGCUGUGUGUCUCCUCGUCCUGGGUGGGCACCACACAGGUGGUCCAGCUUACUUUCAAAUCGUUUUCCUGUCCCUUUUUCAUCACAUGGUUCAGCACCAACUGGAACAUUCUAUUCUUCCCCCUCUACUACUCCGGGCAUGUGGCUACCACCAGAGAAAAACAGACACCCAUUCAGAAAUUCAGGGAAUGUAGCAGAUUGUUUGGUGAGGAUGGCAUGUCUCUGAAGGUGUUUCUUAAGAGGACGGCACCAUUCUCCAUCUUGUGGACACUGACUAACUACCUGUACCUGUUAGCUCUGAGAAAACUAACCGCCACAGAUGUCUCAGCACUCUACUGUUGCCACAAGGCCUUUGUCUUCCUCCUGUCAUGGAUCGUCCUCAAAGAUCGUUUCAUGGGUGUGCGGAUUGUUGCUGCCAUCAUGGCUAUCACAGGAAUUGUGAUGAUGGCGUAUGCUGAUGGUUUCCAUGGAGAUUCCUUUAUGGGUGUGGCCUUAGCCGUUGGCUCCGCCUCCACUUCUGCGCUCUACAAGGUGCUGUUUAAGAUGUUCCUCGGCAGUGCCAAUUUGGGCGAGGCUGCUCAUUUCUUCUCAACAAUGGGCUUUUUCAACCUCAUCUUCAUUUCCUGUGUUCCCCUCAUCCUGUACUUCACCAGAGUGGAGCACUGGGGAUCCCUCUCCUCUUUACCCUGGGGUUACCUCUGCGGGGUGGCUGGCCUUUGGCUAGUAUUUAACAUCCUGGUCAAUGUAGGAGUGGUGCUCACAUAUCCUAUCCUCAUAUCCAUUGGGACGUUACUCAGUGUUCCAGGCAAUGCAGCUAUUGAUGUGCUGAAGCAUGAGGUCAUCUUCAGCGUGGUGCGUCUGGCUGCCACCUGCAUCAUCUGCCUGGGCUUCCUGCUGCUGCUGCUCCCUGAGGAGUGGGACACGGUUACCCUGCGCUUCCUCACCACCCUGGCCGACAAGAAGACGGAGGAGCAUGGAGAAGAGCUCACAGAAUCCAGCGUACACACGCGCAGCCGAAGUAGAGCCAACGGUGCCGUAUCCAUUCCCUUGGCAUGACCUUUGACCUGUGAAUGAGUAGCCAGCGAUCAACAUAGAUCCAGCAGUUUAAUUGUUUUUUAGAAGGGGGGGGGGGGGGGGGGAGUAAGAGAAUAGUGAAGCAAAGGAAGGAUGGUGUUUCUUUAAUAAUAAUCAAUCAUGUCGCAAAGUAAAAAAUGAGAGCAUGCUGUCCUAUGGGUCUCAUUUAUAAACAUGGCGUAUGCACAAAACUAGGGUGGAAACGUGGGUACUUCUCACGCUAAGGUUGUGAUUUGUCAAAAACAAACCCUAAACCUAACUUGAUGGGAGGCUGUAAGUCAAUGGUCCCAAACUUAAUUCCUGGAGAGCCACAGCUCUGCAUAGUUUAGCUUCAACCACCUCCAACUCGCACCUGCUUGAUAGUCUCUAGGGCUGCAGCCAAAACUGCUCACUACCAAGUAGGUACUGCAUUUGGAUUUAAACAUACUACUCGGCAGUUUGAAAAGUACGUUCUAUACAGUAUAAGCAGGUCAGGGUUGGUGUAGACAAUAAAAAGCCAGUGCAGAGCAAUAUGAAUGGAAUCCGGAUGUACUACAUUUGCCGUUUUGUCAUGGUCACAUGACCUAACCGUGUCAGUUGCAUCGCUUCACUCCCAUUCAUGAGUUCUCUUGUGGGGCAUCAUGGGAUAGUGC